AAUGCAAAUGUUUCUGUGCAAAACUUUACUCUUUCAUUUCAGGUUGUGUUUUCAGUGGCGAAUGUUUUUAAUGUCACUGCUUCAAUCCCGUGUAUUGAUUUUGAACAAGUUACGGAGUUUUGCAUGCAGGGAGGCUCUAAUUCUUUGUGCGUUGUUCCUUGUACGAUUUGUUUCGAGAAACGCACUUAAGUUUUACAAAUUAAAAUGAUUAUUCCAGAAAUGUACCAAAGAGACUGAUGAAAAACUGUCGAGACUAAAUGUUGUAUAGUUAUAUUGUAUUAUGCUUCGAUUAUUACUGAUCAGCGCUUUGGCUGCACGCGCUGAGAUUGUCAAGAGGUUACUGGGGCGUCGCUGUUGCUAGGCAACCGUUAGCUAACAGCUACAAACGAAGAGGAGGAGGAAGAAGAUCAGUACCGCGGAAGGAAAAUGAGUGUGAAGGCACAAAUCAAGAGAUAAUCUCAUCUUUUUUUUUAAAACAAACAAGCAGUAGAGCAGGUACAACCAGCACUCUGUCUGGCUCUGGUUUUUAGCGCUAAAGACACGAUGUCAGCCCAGGAGGAACAUGCGAACAUCGGCAAAGUUCUGAGUUUUCUUCGAGAAUGGGACCGUGGGGACAGGACCGUCCGCGGCCGCAUGUUGAAGUCCUUCCUGACCCAAAACACAGGGAAGACGUUUUAUGAGCUGGAGCUGGAGUUUGCACAGGUUGCCAGCCUCUUCCUGGCUCGACUCACCACCUGGAUGAGACUCACAUAUAUGUUUGGGACAUGCUUGGAAGUGCAGCUUAAAGCAAUUGGGAUUUUUCUGUCUGCGUCAAACCAUGACCAGUACCUAAUGGAGUUCCUGGAGGAUGGAGGUGUUCUCACUCUCCUGGAGAUCUUAAACCACUCACGGAGCAAAGAGCAGGAAAAGGCAGAGGCCCUCCAUCUCUUGCUCACUCUUUCAAAUGCUGGUCGCAAGUGCAAAGAGAUUAUCUGUGAAAGCCACGGUGUGAAAGCGAUAGCAGAGUGCCUGGCUAAGUCAAACACAGAUGAAACACAAGAGACAGCAGGGGCCCUCCUGGAGUCCCUGUCCCAUGGAAACCCCAAAUAUCAAAACCAAAUCUACAAAGGUCUGAUCGCCCUCAUGACUUGCACCUCGCCUAAGGCCCAGCAGUUGGUGCUGCAUACUUUACACACUGUACAGUCCAAAAUGAAAAUAGCCCACCACAGCAUUGUAGAAGCUCUGCUGAAUAUGCUCAGGUCCCUGCACCUGGAGGUUCAGGAUGAAGUCAUAAAUCUGAUCGUAGACCUGAAGGGUUGUGACGUGAGGCAGAUGCUUCUCAGGGGCCUGGUGGCUCUGCUGAGGCCUACUGAAGAAGUACAGCAGCACCACAGUAUGAAAGCCCAAUCAGAGUCUGAGGUGAUCAAGAUGACUGGAUCUCUGCCUGUGUUUGUGCAACAAGCUGCUGCAGCUAAAAGUAUACGCUUGCUGGCCGUGGACAGUCCAGAGGUUUCUCGUGAGCUUCUCUCUCUUGGAGUGAUCCAAAAUCUUCUCUAUGCUAUGGGCAACAGAGAGCACACCGAAGCCCAAGUGCAAGCCAGUCUGGCCUUGGAGCACUUUGUCCGCUUGUACCCAGAGGUCCAGGAGCGGGUGCAGAGUGUCUUCGGCAGUACGCUGUUUGCAGCCUUUAUGCACGAAGCUGACACUUUGUACAUGAACGUGGAUGAGGCGCAAGCAGAAAUCCUGCUAACUAACAAGGUGAACAUAACUGAAGUUUUGGAUGGUGAAAAACUCUGACAAGAGGAAUCUUUUUAACGAUGCAGAGAAAACAUUUGUGUAAAUGCUGUUUGUAUGUUAUUAAAGCUUCAUUCUUAAUUUGCUGUUCACCUUCUUUCUUUUGUAGAAUUAAAUAAAAAGAGAUCAAUUUGGAC